AUGGGUCAGUCAACAGUGUCUUUACGGUGCCGUGUACCAACGAUCGCUGACUCCCUGUUUGUGGUGGGUCUACUCCUUACCGUACUGAAUGUGGCAGAAGGACUCACUGUAGUUGAAACAAUAGAGUCAACUGAAUUCCCACAGCAUUGGGAACCUUCAUCGGCUGCCGAGUUACGUUCUGUACUAAGAUCAUUUAGCAGAAAUGCCGCACCGAAAAGUAACGGAAAUCAACUGGAAGGGAAACAGCUGCCCACAUUUUCCGCCGCUCCUUUCGGUUCGGCCAAUCCCUGCAAGUGUCGGAGUGGGAUUUGUAGCUGCUGCCUUGGAGUAUUCAGUAUGAACGGGUGUGCAAACUUGACCUACAUCCCGGAAGACUUUGCGUUCGAGUUUCGCAUGAUUUUCAACAACCGUGUGCUGACGAAGAACCGCAUCAGCGGCAAGAACCCGAAGCCGAUUUGUGUCCAUCCGCCGCGCUUUGAUUUCAUCGAAGUUUGCGCCAACUUCUACGAUGUGUACUUUGUCGGGCGGAACAUGCACGUUUGCUUGGAAAUGAACGGAAACUUUGAGGGAUUCGAGCUGUUCAACAGAUCGUUCAACUGCUUGCGAAUAGGCGACAAGGGUGUGAAGAUUUUGAAGCCUGGUGAGCAGAUCGGCGGUUCCGUCAAUCCGUCAUUGGAGGCGGAGAUCGACUCCGGGGACGAUAUUGAGGAUUACGAUGAAGCAGUUGUUUAAGCUUGUUCGAAAGGCGUUCACUCGCUGUUU